ACAAGACAAUCAAAUCAAAAAAGUGCUACUUUCAUAAAAUUCUCACCUACUUCAACAACAACAUUGAAAGCAAAAGGUAAGGAAAAAAAAUAUGGUGAGGAAGAGACAAGUAGAGGAAGGGGAAGAGGAGAAAGAAAAAAACAUUGAUGGAAAUGGAAACAUGGGUUGGGAUCAGCUGAUGAACACUGAGGCUGCUGCACUUCUUGGUGGGCCCCGGAGAGCUCGCAAACGCUACGUCGGUGUGCGGCAGAGGCCAUCAGGGCGGUGGGUGGCAGAGAUCAAAGACACCAUCCAAAAGAUUAGGGUAUGGUUGGGAACAUUCGACACCGCUGAGCAAGCAGCAAGGGCCUACGAUGAGGCGGCUUGCUUGCUUCGUGGAUCCAACACUCGUACCAAUUUUUGGCCUUGUUCGCCGUCUUCCAAUUCCUCUCCUGCUCUCCCCUCGAAAAUCACAAACCUUCUUCUCCAUAGGCUCAAAGCUCAAAACAAUGCUAGUAGUAGUGCUUCUUCAACUUUCGAUUCUUGUUCUUCGCACGCUAACCAAAUAUUACAGAGUCAGGAAGACAAGCAAUUUGAUAAUUUCUUCAACAACAUGCCCAAUAUUAGUACUACUACUACUACUACUAAUUCCAUAAAUGAAGAAAGUGAAAUUAACAAUUCUAGUAUCAACAUCACUACUACUUGUACUAGUGAUAGUUGCUUGAUCAAUGCAAGUAUUGAAUCAAAUGAAUUCGAGGUACCGGGAGAUAAUAAACGUACCAGUAUUGAUCAUCAUCAACAAGCGAGUGUCGAUGAGCACGAAAUGGGAGGAGAAGACGUUGAUGUUGGGAUCGUGGAUUUUCAUUUUGUGGAUGAUGUUAGAUCUUCUUGCUAUUAUUCGCCAUUUGAGAUUGCGGAAGAGAUGGUGGAGGAGCAGGAGAGUUAUGGUGGGGAAGAGGAGGAGCCAUCUGUGCUAACCGAAGCCAUGAAGAGGAUGAAGUAUGAGCGUAAAUUCUCAGCCUCUCUUUAUGCAUUCAAUGGGAUAUCAGAGUGUUUGAAACUCAAACUUGGAUCAGAAAAUGGAGAGAGGGGUGAAGUAAAGUUGUCCAAACUUGGACAAGAAUGUAGUGACAAUGAUCAAGAUCAAGAGAGAAAGAAUGAGGAAGAAAAUGAAGGCAAUUCGCGAGUGGCAGUACAAGAAGAGGAGGGAAGCCAACAGAAUUCAACUGUAAUAGGUUCUUCUUCUUCUUCUUCAAGUAAUGAAGGAGGUGAAUGGUCACUAUGGAGAUCUCUUGAUCUCCCUCCUAUUGCUAUGUUAUUUAGUGGAUAAAAUGGGUUAGUCCUAAAUCAGUUGUUCUUCCCAUUAGUUGUUUGACAAUUUUUAUGGCAUCCUAGGUGAGACUUGCUGAUUUGCAUCAAGCAACAAAUGAGAUGUAAUUUUAAUUUUCAUACCAAAUUUUUUUUUUAAUAUAUUAGUGAUGACAUAUC